AGACUUCCCUCCCCACUCCGUUCGUGACCACGUCAAGGGAGCCCAGAAGUUAGAAAUCAUGGCGGAGCGCAGGAGACACAAGAAGCGAAUUCAGGAGGUCAGUGAACCUACCAAGGAGGAGAAGGCGGUGGCCAAGUACCUGCGCUUUAACAGCCCCACUAAAUCCACUAACAUGAUGGGACAUCGAGUGGAUUACUUUGUCGCCUCUAAAGCAGUCGACUGUCUGCUGGAUUCAAAGUGGGCCAAAGCAAAGAAGGGCGAGGAAGCUUUGUUCACAACCAGAGAGUCGGUGGUGGACUACUGCAACAGGCUCCUAAAGAAGCAGUUUUUCCACCGAGCCCUGAAGGUGAUGAAAAAGAAGCCAGAAAAGGAUGUAAAGAAGGAGAAGGAAAAAGAGAAAGAAAAAGACAAAGAAAAAGAGAAGACUAAAAGUGACAGCGGCAAAGAAGAGGAAAAGAAAGGCAAAAAGGACAAAGACAAAAAGAAGGAUUCUGAGGCUGUGGACACUAAGAAGGAAAAAAAUGAUGACAGUCCAGGAUCUCCAAAGAAGAAGAAGGAUGUGAAAAAGAAAUUCAAGCUGGAGCCUCAUGAGGACCAACUGUUCUUGGAUGGCAAUGAGGUUUAUUUUUGGAUUUACGAUCCAGUCCACUUUAAAACUUUCGCCAUGGGUUUGAUUCUAGUCAUUGCCGUCAUCGCAGCCACUUUGUUCCCGCUGUGGCCCGCUGAGAUGAGAGUUGGUGUUUAUUACCUGAGCGUGGCGGCAGGGUGCUUUGUCGCCAGCAUACUUCUCCUAGCCGUUGCUCGCUGCAUCCUGUUCCUGAUCAUCUGGCUAGUUACCGGCGGCCGUCAUCACUUCUGGUUCUUACCCAACUUGACAGCCGACGUGGGCUUUAUCGACUCCUUCCGCCCCCUCUACACGCACGAAUACAAGGGUCCGCGCUCCAGCUCCAAGAAAUCCAGCAGCGAGAAAUCCGACAGCAAGGGUGCGGAUUCCAGCAAAGCGCAGAAAUCAGAUAGCGAGGACAAAUCGGACAGCGAGAAGAAGGACGGCGACGACGAAGAGGACGAAGACGAUAAUAAAGAAAUGGAGGCGAGUGAAGAAGCAGGCGCAGAACGUCAGUCGGACACAGACAGUGACAGACGAGAGGACGAAGGGUCGCAGCACAGCAACGGCAACGACUUCGAAAUGAUCACCAGAGAAGAGCUGGAGCAGCAUACGGAGGAGGAGGAAGACGACGAGGAAGAGCAAAGUGAGACAAAGCCCUUGACUGUUGAGACAUAAACGUUUUUCUCACGCCUGCACACACAUACUCCCAUGCUCCAUGUGGACCUGCUGACGUACUUCUGUCAUGUUCAGAAGAUGUUUCCCAUUUCUGUUCAGGCUGAGAUCUUCCAGACAGGCUUAAAAGUUAAACGAGAGCAGGAAACGGCUAUGAUGACAAUGAAAAUAUCACAAAGGCUGUUUGGUUUCCCUAAAAUAAUGCUUUCCCCACUGUGGAUGCAGCAACGCAAGUCUCCCUGACCCCUGUGUUUCUCUGGUUCACUUCUAUUUCUUUUGCUUUCAUCUUAACUUUAUCUAAUGUCAAGUAUUUUGUUGUAUAAACAUGUCGGAUUGGUGAACUUCCACAAAUGAAGGUUCAAUAUCCAAGAUUCAAAAGAUUUCAUUUCUAUUGUACCAUUACAUUGGAUCAUUUUGGACGGACCAACAUAUUUUGUCUUAGAUACCUAAUAAGUGUUACUAUCUAUCGUAAAUCUCAACGGCACUUGACCUUUGACAUUUCUGUGUGGGCCUCUGGGAGAUCUUGCUUGGUUUGAGAUGAGAGCUGUAAUUUUGUGCACUUGUGAGACAGUCUGCCUCAUACAUUUCUGCAAUCACAUUUUGUGACCCUGAUGAGAAAUAGUCCUUGUUAACGAAAACGGAGAAGUGAAUAAAUCAGCCAAACAACUGCAUUCAGAAGGGGAAACGACAUCCACAUUUGUGCCAAAUGAUGAGGGAUAUUGAUGCUUUUUUCAUACACAUUCAAAUUAUGACCAACGUCCAAACACGUCAUGCCGUAGCUCGCAUUCGUGCAUCAAAGCCUCUGGUUUUCCCAUCUGGUGUUCAAACUCUGAGGUACUUCCCCGAGGGGCUGUGGUCCAAAUUAGCCUGUUAGUUAGUUCGCGUUUUAAUAGGGCCGAGGUCCAAUACUAUCCUUCUGUAGGGUUGCAUACUAUUGGCUAGAGUAUUAUUUUACAUUAGCUGUUUCUUUGACUCAUACUGAGGAUGAUAUUUAAGAGAUAAAAUACAAAUGUAUCAUUUAUAUAUGGAUUCUAUAAAUCUACCAGAGAUGUUCAUGCCAGCAGUUCAAGUUCAGCAUGAACUGUACUCUAUUUUAUAAUGUCAAACACGCAGGUUUUUCAUUUGACUGCAUUUUGUACAAAUACUAAAACCACCAAUAAAUGUUUUCAAGAUGUUGGAAAGAGUUUCUGGAGUUCGAAUGCAGAAAACAUCUGAAUUCUGUUCAUCUGCAAUGCUUUGACACUAGUGGUUAUCAAAUGCGCACAAAGGUGUUUUUUCUAUAUUAAAAAACGGAGAACGCUUGUUUAAGCAUCCCUUGAAAUUCACGGUCAUCUCAAGUUCACAAUGAGCAGGGAAAGCCCUCGUGCCCGAGUGAACGUCUCUCUUUCUUCAAACGCUAUGAAUCUUUAAUCAUGUCUGUAAGUAGAUGAUCUUGUUGGUCACACUUAGUGUUCCUGUAGAAAUGCUAUGUAUGUCCUCAAUAUUCUUUGUCAUUGACUUUGAAGACCUGGAUAUACUGGGCAUGACACCGUGUGUGUAACUAAAGACAUUUGUAUUUUCUUUCUAUGGAACUUCGCUCACCUUUGUUUUUGUCAUGUUGUUUUUAUGAGAUAAAGAUGCUGAUAUGCCAGAUGAAUUUUUUUUUUUUUUUUUUUUU